AUGUUUGUGUGUUCACUUGAGGGCAAUAGGCUUCGCUUCUUCGGCCUUGCACGACCUUGGAGGCAAGUAGGCAUGGUAUACAUGGUCAACAUGGCAAACAUGAUUCAGCCAGACUCCAAGUCACCGUUGAAGACAGUGUAA